UUAGAUGUGUGUUUUGGAGCAUUAGUGUGGAGUGAUGGUAGCAUCUUCUCUUUCAAAAAUAGAGCAGAACAUCUGCGAAUUCAUGAUACCAUCAAUGAAAUGCAGCUCCCCGGCACCAGCAGUACUCGUGCAGCCCCACAGAAAGACAUUGCCACCACGUUUCACUGUAGGCACCAUGCAUUUUUCAUUGUACUCCUCACCUUUGCAACGCCAUACAGUUUUGAAGCCAUCAGUUCCAAAAACAUUUAUCUUGGGCUCAUUAUUCCAGAAUACAGAGUCCCAGCAGUCUUCCUUCUUUUUCUGUAUGGCCCUGGCAAAUUCUAGACAGGCUUUUUUGUGC